CCGAGAUGCCCGCCUCUCCCCACAGCUGCUUCCGGUUUCUACCCGCCCACUUCUGGUCUCCUUCGCUUUCAAAGCAUUGGGCGGGAAUUGCUCUGACAGUAGCUCCCUGGAGGAUGGAAGAGGCGUCUUCGAUUUUUUGAAGCACUAUUAUAAUUGUUCUGUUUAGAUCAAGAUGUCUAGCAAAACAAGUUCUUCCAAGAAAAGGUCUCAACAGUUAAAAAGAAACCCAAAAAGAAAAAUUAAUGAUGAGGAAGUGGAGUUACCAGGGAAAAAGGUUAGAAACACAGCAAAGAAUAAAAAUCCAAAGCAUCUGCUUACUGAAGUAACAAGACAAACAGAGCAUACUGAUCUAAAACAGGUUCGGAUAACAUCCAACAAGAGAAAAACCUGGCAGCCUCUUUCAGAGAGUAGUAGAGAGCAUUUGCAAACUAUGAUGGAUUCAGUAAUAAUAGCAAUUUUGAGUAAUAAUGUUAGAGAAAAUGAACGAGUUCAGUAUCAUCUUAACUAUCUGAAGAAAAGAUUGCUACAACUAUGUGAAACCCUUAAAGUCCCUCCCAAAAAGCUGAAAGAUUUAACUAACGUGUCAAAUCUACUGAAAAUGGAAAGAGCACAGCACAGAGCUAAUGAAGAAGGUCUGGCAUUAUUGCAGGAAGAAAUAGAUAAAAUAGUCGAAACCAUAGAGUCAACAACUGGGAAUAUUCAGAGCCUAAAGAACAAAAUUCAGGUUCUGACAAGUGAAGUGGAAGAAGAGGAGGAGAAAGUAAAACAGAUGUUUCAAAUAGAUAGUGGGAUACUCUGUCUUCCAGAACUUUCUCAGAAGAGUCUCAAAGCAGCCACACUUCAGAAAGAAAUUUUGACAUCAAUUCCAAACCAUGAAGCUCUUCUGAGAGACGUAGAUAUUCUCCAUAACUCAUCCCAGAUGAAGAAUAUGUUAACUUUCAUCGAAGAAGCCUAUAAGAGACUGGAUGCCCUUUAAGAGAUUUUUAGUCUGUUCUAUAUUAAUUUAAAGUUUAUGAGUUUGUAAAACUUAGCCUAUGAUGAUACCUCUGAAGCUGAGGCUUCUUUGGAAUUUAUUUUCAACAUACACUUAAAAUUAGCCUCUGUAGAUCUAUUAGCAUCUAAUGUAGUUCUAAACACUGUUUUUAAUUGGUGUCAAAUCUAGCAACUCACAUUUCUGUUGCUGUUUAUCCAGUGGUUUUCCUGAGCUGCUCUCUAAUGAUUUACAAAGGCUGAAUGGAGUUCUUUUAUUGAUUAGUGCCGAGGAACUGUGAUACUAUAAUGCAAUAUGUGGAAAGUGUGUAGAGUGCCUAGCACAUAAAAACACAAUUGUUUGCAAUCAUUAUUAUUUAGUUCAUAACUUGUAUUUUCUGUCUGGUCAUCUGGAACUUGAGAAAUCCCCAAAUGCUUUUAUUCUUUUACAUGACCCUCUAGACCUUUUGUGACAUAAUUAAGAUUUCCUAGGUGUCUUUACCUUUGGGAGUAGCAUGAACAUUUUAUUUCUUUGGUUGGAUUAUUGACUAGAUGAUGAAUAUUUUCCACUGUCAUCAAAGCAUAAUUUCAUUUAAAAGGAACCUAAACACAUUUAUUCCCUUAAAAGAAAAACCAAACAAAAAACCCCUUUUUGCAAACCUUUUCUCAUUGUAAUAAUAAUGUUAGGAAUUAGUUGGACAGUUAGGUGGUCUGGACCAGGGUCCCCAACAAGAAAACAUGGAAAUAGGACAGCUAAGACAAAACAGUACAAACAUCCUAUUUUGUACUAGCAUUUUGUUUUUCAGCCUUUAUAGAAAUGACUUCUGCAAGAUGUUUUAAAAUGAAACAAAGCAUCUGUCACUAUCACGAACUGGGGCAGUGAAGACAUAAUUCCCCAUAUGUUACCCAAAAAGGCCAUCAUCACAUAAACAUUAACCUAAUAGGUAGACAGAUGCAUGAUCAAAGCCCUGAUCAGCAUGCCUUAGAACACUUUGGUUGCUUAAAAUAGUUCUCCAAAAGUGCUCAUAAAAACCCCUAGACUUAGAAACUCCAGUGCAACCCUCUUGGGUCCCCUCCCUCUUUGGGAGUUUUGUACUAUCGCUCAAUAAACUCUGCUUUGCUGGUUA